GUAGAAAGUAAACAAAAUGAAAGAUGAAACAUCACUUUGGCGCAUAUAUUUGGUAAUACGCCAAAGUGGCAAGCAGUCAUAAUACAUGUGUGAGAAACACCUCUUCACUAAACCACAUGGAUGUUAUUUGUAUGGGAUAGCAUAAAAAAGCAGAUUAUGAAGAACAGAAAGAGAAGUGCAGUUGAUAUUGCCUUGAUAAGGCUAAACCAUUUACCAUUUGUUGUCACCAACAAUAGAAAGAUGGCAGUAUGGUCAGAUUUGAAAGAAAUCAUGCUGUGGUGUCCAAGUCCCCAGUGCUGUGUGGUUCUUGAUGCCCUGAAGUUGAUACUCGGGUAUCCAGCCUAUGAGAGGGCAAUGCAUCCUUGUUCGCAGCUUGAGCAGCUUAUGUUCCUGAAACAUUUCAUGUUUGUUACACAUGGAACGCUUCUUGUUGAUAUUGAUAGUCUCCGAGAUGGUGCCAGAUUAGCGCUACUGUAUAACAUGGUGAAGGAAAAACAUACAAAGCCAAACAAUCAGACUGUGUUUAACUGCACAAAAAUGUUGAAAACUUUUACAGAGAAGUACGCAAACACAAGUUUUAAGAUCCCUCUGAGUUCGGCAUCUGGGAAAAUGUUGUUGCCAGCUGUUAGAAGAAUAUCAAAGAGUGCGGCAAGAGGAGAGAUACAUAUACCUAACAAUGACCAGGACAGCGGCAGGGGACAUUCAAGGUCACAUGACUUCAGUAGGAGACUUGAUAAUGAUGGUGAUGAUGGAAUUUUGGAGCCAAAUAGACCAGAACCAUUUGCUCAAACCAAGCUUGGAGGCAGUACUUCCAGGACUCUGCUUCCAUUGGCUCUUCUGUGCAAGCUGUAUCCCGGCUGUGAGGGGUUUCUAGAGGAGGUGGUGCGGCUGUAUAUACUUGGACAGUGUGGAGAGGAAUACCUGCAGAGUGUCUGUCAGUGCACAACAGAGGAAGGCAUACAGCUGACACGUUUCCUGGCUUCUCAGAAUGGAUACGAUACAUUCUGGUUGUGCUUGACUACAUGCAGUCUGAUGAUGUCUUGGUCUGAGUUCUGGCUUGGCUACGACAGGAUGUGGGGAGGAAGGUUGGAAGUAAUGUCUGGUGAUGUGUGUGUUGUCACCCUAAAUUGUCAGACAACGGAUGUGGGACAAAAUGACAAAGCUAUAACAAACAAACAGAAAAAUGCAGCUCCAAGGAAACAAACAGUACCAACACAACCUUCUCCUUCAUUGUCGACAAUAAAUGACAUAACUGAAAAUGUUCAAAGUCAAAAUUUAAGUGGUCCUCUAGCCAUUCUUUCUGAAGAAUCUCUUGAGGAUACAGCUUACUGUAAAUGUGAUCAGAAUUGUCAAGCCCACAUUAAAACAGUAGUAGAUGAGAUAGAAAGCACAGUAGAAUCAUCUAACCUGGACAGUGAAUUAGUUACAACUAAAUCAGAUGAGGGAAAUGAAGAUAAUGAGAAGCAAAGAGAACUUGAAAAGAAAGUGAUAAAGUGUUCUGGGAAGAAAAGCAAAAAGAAAUCUAGUGGAACAGAAAAAAUCAAAACAUUAAGUAGAGGAAGAAACAAAGAAAUAGAUGUUCCUAAGGCAGAUGAUAAGACAGUUUCAGAACUGAAUAGUUGUGAGAAAACAAAACCACAUAAAGCAAGAAGAAAGAAUAAAAAACCAAAGGCAGUAGAUAGAGAUGCUACAGAACAGGACACUGGUUCAAGAGGUAUAAAAUCAAGACUGCGGAGCCGAAACCCAGCCAGAAAAAUAACAAAGGAAAAGAGUGUCAUAAGUAAGAGAGAUGCAAAUAACUCAGCCAUCACAAAUGCAAUAGCAUCCUCAUUACAAAGAUCAGGUUCAAGUGAUUCAAAUAAAUCAGGCUCAAAAUCAGAUGAAAUGACUGAAUAUUUCCAUCCAGUUGCAGAACAAGUUGCUGAGGUCAACAAACCAAGCUCGCGUUGUUCACAAUGCAUACCACUGAAAACUGAAUUACCAAUAUCAGAAGUGUCUCCUUAUGAUUUGGCAAGCAUGAAGUACUCCCAAAUGGCCGGCAUUCAUGUGUCAGUUACACCAAAGAAAGCACAAGGCAUACAUCGGGAGAAUGUACCAUUUUUUGAGAAACCAAAUAUAGCUAAGAAAAAGGUUGAAAAUUUGCAGUCCAUAAGAAACAGAAGAGAGUCAUUAAAAAUCUCGUCUGCUGAGAUACAGGAUGAACUUCCUGUAAGUUUUAAGUACACUUCUAAUGCUCCAGCUGUCAAACUGAGCUCCUCACCAACUGCAGAACAAGCAUGUUCAGUAACUAGGAAGAGAGGAAAAUGGUAUAACAAAUUUGGUGCAGAUCCAAAAAAAAUACAAAAGAGUAAAACAAUUCCACAUAAACUAAUUAAAUCCACAGAAGAUACAGCCAGAAGAAACCGAACUGAAGCUCUUAUACAUCGACCUAGAACUGACCCUUUUUCUGUAGUUUUAGAAGGGAAGCCAUAUCAGCAGACUACAACAAUAUAUUCAUAUGAACUCGGACAAUCCUCAGCUGAUAAACAAAGGGACAGCUUUGGUAGUCCAGCUGUUGAAUCUUGUACACACUCAUUUUCAACAAAUAAAACAGGACCGCUCCAUGAAAAAAUUGUAAAUAAUCUACAGAAACAGGCAUUCAGCUCAUUUCGUUCAGUGUCUGGAAAUCAAGAUGAAAAGGGAAACCUUGCUGCAGAAGGAAAAGCUAUGAAACAAUAUGACAAAUUAAAGGACUUAAAUUCAUCAGAGUUUUUGGAACAAAGGGUAAAAAAGUGGAAAAAUGAAGUAGAGCAGAGCCUUAAUAUAGCUGGUAGACUUUCAAAGUCAGCUGAUUUAGUGAAGAGAAGGAAUAUGGGUACAUACCGACCAAGAUCUUGCGGAUGUAGGCCAAACUCUACUCCAUUAGAUGGAAGAGUUCAAUCAUUUAAGACUUCAUUGUGUUCAUUAUUUUCCAGAGAUUGCGCUUCACCUAAUAUGUUUGAUAAACAGGUUUGUUGUCAAGCAUCUGCAAAUGAGACCAUUGAAAGGCAAGACUCAGAAAAUUUUGCCAAUGAAUAUUCAAAUAAAUACAGUUCUCCCUCCCCUCUUACUGCAGACAACGAUAAAAUUGUACAUGCUGGAACAGGAAAUGGUCAAUUUAAACUUGACUAUCAGUAUGAAGUUCAGAACUAUGGCUCAUCUUCUUCUCUCACACCUGAUAUAUAUGACGAGUUUGCAAGAAAAAAGAACCCAAAGUCUAUGAGACCAGACAUUGUUAAAAUUAAACCUAAGCCUGUAACUAUUCCAUCACCAUUCACUCUAAGCCAACCAGUUGUAAGGAAACAACCGCAACCAAGUUUACAAGUGAGUAAAAAAGCAAAUUUUCAUACUGUUGGUUACAUGUCCAGUGCUGAACAAUCACAACAACAGAGAGAGGAUAGCUCCAGUACCUUUAAUGAGGAUAUUAAACAGAUGUACCAUUACUCACAGACAAAAUUAACAAACUGUCCUUCACAGCAAAAAGGCUUAACUUCAAAUAAUCCUCAUACUUUCUGCCAAGGUAAUGAUAUCUUAACAACGGAUCCUUCUGAAAACAAACAUCUGCAUUCAGAUAAGGAGUUGCUAGUUCCAAAGAAUUGCCAUCCUGCUGGUGAAAAGCAUGUUGAAAAGUUUUUACCACAUACCUUUGUCUCUAGCACGUCUGUGAAUUCUGUUGGAAACCAACAAACUGCUCUUUAUGUUAAUCAUGACCCUGCCAAAGUGGAGACCUUUCCUUUUCUAAGCCAGACAUAUAGAUUUGAUAAUAGCACACAUGUUGGUUGUCUUCAAGGUCAUGAAAAGACUGACAAUUACAAAGACAAGCAAGAGGCAGAAAAUACUUUAUGUGGGAUGAUGUAUGACAGUGCUGAUGGAAAGAACAGUAACAUUUCAGCACUUAACAAGUUAUCAAACUUUCGACAUUUUGAGAUUACUCCUGGCAAAUUGGAGUCCCUAGACUAUAUCAGUAGCAUACAAGCACUUCUUCCUAAUACCAAUGUGAUAUCCGCUUUGCCAGAAAAGGACUGUACUCAUUUGGAGUCAACAAAUUGUACAAGGAAAUGCCUGUCAGAAGUGACCACAACAACCACAAAAAAUGGAAAGUAUGCAUUGUUGGGUAGUUCUCACCAGACAGGCCUUAAUUGUCAAAGAUCAAAAAGUGAAUUAAAAUAUGAGGAAAACAAAUUGCUUGACCCAAGGCCAAGGGAACACACUCUGUCAAAGGUGAAUACUCAGCUGUAUUAUAAAGUACCAGGUGAGGAUAUAGUUCACCCUGUGUCUGAGAAUGUAAUCAUACCUAAAUAUGCUCAAUUUUUUGUUCAGGCAACUGCAACUGAAAAUGAUGUGUGUGUAAAAGAGAAGAAAAUAAUCCUGGACAAAGAUAACAUAUUGGAAAAAGAUACCAUUGUAGUAACUACAAAUGGUAAAGAAGCAGUUGGAAGUGAACCCAGAAAAGAAACUGAUACCAGUGAAUACAGAGGAAAUAAGCCUGCUAAAUCAAAUUCUAGUGAAGAAGAAAGAUUGUCUAGCACAACAUUUGAUAAAAUUAUCAAGGCAUCGGAGGAUUUUAUUGACAAAUCAAGGUUAAUUAAACAUGUGAUUAGCAAAACAAAACAAGCCAUUGAGAACACAAAAGCAGAGGAAGAUGUUGCAUCACCUGGAAAUCAGAUAAAAGUUUCAGACAUAAAGACUAACAUUGGAGAGCAAAUUGAAGAGAGAGAAGGAGAUGAAUAUCAAAAGGUUAUUAUUCCUUCCUCAGGGCAGGUUACAGAAAAACAGAGCACAAGUCGAAAGAAGAGUUUCAAGGACAUAAUUGAAGAGAAAAGAGAAGAAAAAAGAAAACUACAACUGCAUCUCUCAAGAAAAAAAUACUGGAAUUCUGCCCAUGCAAAGAAAGAUGGAAAUACUGGAAAUUUAUCUAUUGAUAACAGAUCUAACAAACAGAAAAAUGAAGGUCAGUUAGACAAGAGCAGAGUAAAGGCUGCUCCUAAACAGAACAAUGACUGUUUUAACCAUGAGACAAACAUUGAUAAACAAAAUCGCAAGGGGAAAUGUGAAAGACAGAUUAAUUCUAAGUUUGUGAUUGCCUCUCCAAGAAGGCCAAAGACUUGUAUAGGUUUUGGUAAAGGCAGAACUGCAAUGAAUGUAUCAAAUGCUGGGAUAAAAAUGAAGAAAGAUCCUCCUGCUUUGAGUGCAAGAUCACACACAGAUUUUGCCAUGAAUAAAAAAUUUGACAAGGUUGGUCCUUUUGAUAGAUCAAAAUAUCAGCAACAUACAAAACCAGCAACCAUCUUUGCAAGAGCUAAGAAUUCCAAGAGCCAACCACCAAAAGAGGCAGAUGAUUGUACAAGUAAAAUCCUUACAGCUUUGAGGAGAUUGUCAAUAGAGAAGUCUCCCAAAAUAACUGAACAGAAAGCGUCUUUAAAACAGGAGAUGAGACAAAAUAAGCUAAGUGCUUGUGUAUCAAAGCAGACAAAGUUGGUAAAGGUUUCUCAUACUGAUAAAGAAAAAGACAAAAAGAGCAAUAACACUGUAUUAAUGAAAGAUUCCAAUGACUUACACGAAGUCCAUAAUGAUGAAAACAUACAGGAAGAAGUAAAACAUAUAGGCAUGGAAGAAAAUACUGAGGUUUCUAAAAUAUCUGUUGUUAUUGGUAUGAGAAAAGUUUGUAAUGAUGAAGUUCCUGAGUCCUGAGUCUGAAGAUCUGAAGGAUGAAGAAUGUGUUGCUGCUAAUUAUCAGGACUUGUAUCUACAGAGGCAAAGUGACCAUGCAAUUGAACAGAUUGGUCAUGAAAUAUCUGGAUAUGGAAACAAU